AUGCGCAAAGGUGUGACUCCGGCGGCGUCUGCCAGGCCAUCGGUACAAGGCGGCCGUCGCACGCCUUCGCCUAUUGCCAGCGCCUGGACCGACUACCAGGAGGAGCGACCCAGCAUCCUCAGCCUGUACUUCGUCAUCUUCCUCACUGCCUUGCUCAUCGGGGCACUCGUCACGGCGCUCUUCUUCGCGUACGCGCACGAAGUCGAACGUCGGCCGCCGUCCACGACAGCCAGUGCCACGACGCCAGCGGUCUCCCUACCGCCGCCACUACAGUCAAAGCCACCGCCGCAAGAAAAGCCACAGGUCACCUGCCGCGAGGGCGCCUCCGGUCGCACGUCUAGGAGGUCGAAGAAACGCGGCCGACGCAAGAAGACCUCAACGUUGCCUUACACGUCGUCGUCGUCAUCGUCGUUCGAGGUUCCAGAAGGUGCGACGACUACCGCAGAGAAGGGUCGGGGAAGGAUCGGCACUGGCGGCGGACGGCCAGCGGUCGAUACCACGAAAGCGAACACGAAGGCCGGGACUGUCUCCAACGCAUCGCGCUCCAGACCGGCAACAUACUCUGUUAGCCGAAUCGCCCGGCCCAGGGAUGAAGCAGGGAUGCGCCAGUCGGGCAGUACCGAAAGGACGACGACGACGCUAGACGAGCUGGCCAACAACACAACCUCGGACGCCACGACCAUCACCUCAGCUGCGGCUACUACACCAAUCGCGCCGCUCGUGGAGCGGACAGAAGAAGACGCUGCGUUCGGUGUAGGUGGGGCGAACAGUACGACUCGUUCGGACAUGAUCGACGAGGCCACUGCGCGAGCUGGAUUCGAAGAGGAGGCAGGCACGGGGCGAGAUGGCGGCAACGAGACGAAGGCAGCGGUCACUGUGAUGACGCCACCGCUCGAGGAGUGGACGGAACUCGGCGGGGACGCUGCAGUCGGCAUCGAUUCGAACAACGCCUCGGGAUCGGAACUGGACGACGAGUCCACCGAGGAAGCCGCAGGUCUUGAGGAGGAGACUGGCAUGAUGUUGCGCCAAGCUGAUAGCGCCAAGACGGAGGCGACGCUUCGGAAGCUCCGACCAUCAGUCCGAGAGCUGCCAGAAUCGCAUUCGUUUUUCAUGGACCGGAAGUUGCAGACUGUCUGUGGACUCUUGGAGCUGACAGCAGAUCUUUACUCGCACAAGCGCAAGCAGCUAGCAGGCGACGGCUAUCUUCAAAAGAUGCAUGCUGUGUUUGACGCCAUGUUGUGA